AUGGCUUGUACGCAUGUCAACGCGCCAGAGCUUCAUCCCCCAGGUCCGACACAGUCGGUUUACCGCGAGGACUGCACCCAGUGCUUCGACUCAAUUGACGACCCCACGGGCCUCGAUGUGUGCCUUUACUGCUUCAAUGGAGGAUGCACAAGCGACCGCGGUCACGCCCUGCUCCAUGUUUCGUCUACAAACCACCCACUUGUACUCAACAUCAAGCGCACGCGAAAGAGGGUCAAGCGUGAUGAGCCGCCGCAGAAGAUGACCAAGCUUGCCGUAGCAGCUGAAACAGAGUCCGACCGCUACGACACCACCACACAAGUCAAGUGCUACGAAUGCAACGUCGACGACGUCGACAAGAGCUCAGGGAAACUUCCUGGAAUUGUCAAUGCUGUUCUCAAGGCAAACACGUUCGCGACGCAGCAGGAGGUCAAGGCAUGGGAGCAGGAGCUUACGGCUUGUGAACAUACCCUCUGUCUGGAACAAGAAGCAGCACGGCAGAUCGAGUCCCAGAAGUUGGGUCACUGCUCAGAGUGCGAGCUCAACGAGAACCUGUGGCUUUGCUUGACCUGUGGCAAUCUGGGCUGUGGACGUCAGCAGUUUGGUGGCGUCGGUGGCAACUCACAUGGCGUAGGACACACCAAGUCGACUGGCCAUCCUGUCGCAGUCAAACUCGGCUCCCUCACUGCCGAUGGCACGGCCGAUAUAUACUGCUAUGCUUGCGACGAGGAGCGUGUCGACCCAGAGCUACCGGAUCACCUCGCACACUGGGGCAUCAACAUCAAGGAUAGAGUCAAGACGGAGAAGAGUCUCACAGAGAUGCAGGUGGAACAAAACUUGCGAUGGGACUUUGCCAUGGUGACAGAGGAUGGCAAGGAGCUCCAGCCCUUGUUUGGACCAGAGUUCACAGGGCUGAAAAACCUGGGCAACAGUUGUUAUCUCAACAGCACUCUACAGGCCCUAUUCUCAAUGCCCGAGUUCAAACAGCGCUACUAUCUGCCGGACCAAGGCCCACCAGAUGCAGUGCUUCCAGCUGAGGACCUGGAAACCCAGCUACGCAAGAUUGCCGACGGUAUCAUCUCAGGUCGAUAUUCCAAGCCGGACACGGAUGUCAUCACAAACGAGUACAGCCCAGAGAUCCCACACCAGCGCGGACUUGCGCCUGCCAUGUUGAAGCACCUCAUCGGACGAGGCCACCCUGAAUUUUCUACAAUGCGACAACAAGAUGCAUUCGAACUACUCCUACACGUGCUCAAGCUCAUCUCACGCUCCCAGCACGUCGCACCUCAUAAAGAUCCCGUCGAGGCUUUUUGCUUUGCUAUGGAGCAGCGGUUACAAUGUGUCGGCUGCAAGCGCGUUCGAUAUAGAACGGACGAACAGGAGAAUAUUUCCAUUCCUGUUCCCAUUCGAAGAAUACCAAAAGAGUCUCAGAUGGACGUCACUGAUGGCAAUGGCAAGAAGGAAGAGAAGGAAGAGUUUGAGCCUGUCUCGCUCAAGGAAUGCUUGGAUAUUUUCACAGCUGAGGAGUUGGUUGAACUCACCUGCAGCGCUUGUGGCAGCAAAGAUGGCUUCACAAAGAGGAGCAUGUUCAAGACAUUCCCGUCAGUCUUGGCUAUCAAUGCCAGACGAUUCGAACUGGUCAAUUGGGUACCCACAAAGCAGGAUGUACCUGUUAUAGUUGAUGACGAGCCAUUCUCGUUCGACGCCUACAAGUCAAAAGGCUUGAGCGAAGGCGAGGAGCUACUUCCGGAUGAGAUGGACACGGGGGCAGUUGGAGGUUCUUCGAACAAAUGGACUCCCAAUGAGGCGGCGCUGUCAAUGCUCGAGGCCAUGGGAUUCCCAAGAGUCAGGUGUGAAAAGGCUCUACAUGCGACUGGCAAUGAAGAUGCCGAAGCAGCAUCAAUGUGGUUGUUCUCACAUAUGGAGGACGCGGAUAUCGAUGAACCUGUCGAUUUCAACGCUAGCUCCGGGUCUGCUACGGCCGCUACCUCGGUUAUCGACCCCGAGAAGAUUGACAAUCUGGGUGCCAUGGGAUUCAAUGCUCCUCAGGCACGACAGGCUCUGAAGGAGACUGGUGGCGAUAUGGAGCGCGCUGUUGACUGGCUAUUCAGCCACCCGGAUGCACCUGGCGACUUCGAUGAAGGCGGAGACGCGGAGGCUGCUACGGAACAGACUGAAAAAGUGUUGGCUGGUAGUGAUCAAUUGCCGGCCAAGUUUCAACUACAGUCAAUUGUGUGCCACAAGGGCAGUUCUAUCCAUGCUGGACACUACGUUGCGUUUGUGCGCAAACAGCUGCCAGAUGAGACAGGUGCGUCAUGGGUUCUCUUCAAUGACGAGAAGGUUGCCAAGGCUGCGGACGUGGAGGAAAUGAAGAAGUUUGCCUAUGUAUAUUUUUUCAGACGUUUGUAA